CCGAGGUGGAGAAAUGACUGUUUUUGGAUUUGGGAGUGACUGAGCUGUUGAUUAUAGCUGAGGAGGCUGCUGGAGCUCAAGCGUUUGUGGAGAAAUGCAAAUUCACAUAUGGAGGCAGAUUAUACAGUGUUGUGUUUGAGCAGCUGAGCCUGUGAAGGCCCCAGUGGCGGCCAUGUUGGAUCUCUUCCAGAGAGUGCUGGUGUUGACCCGUCUUCACCCUUCACCUCACGGCACCUUACUGCCGACCUAACUCCUCACUCUCUCUGUUUUUCCUUCAUCUCUUUCUUCCACCGCCUGGCCGGGAGAAAGGACUUUGGAAAAAUGUCCUAUGCACACCAUAAGCUGCUCACCUGGAGCUUACCUCACCUCCUUCUCCUGCCGCUGACCUACCUCUGGCUCUUGGCUACUCCUACAGGUGUGUCUGCAAAUCUCUGCCGGGUGACCGGCGGGGUGCUUGGGAUCCACUGGAGCAGCGUCAUCAGCCUCGGUUGGCACCCUCUGGCGGAUGGGCGAGGCGGGGCGACGUGCUGGGAGUCCUGCUGCUUGAAGCCGAAUUGCAAUGCCGUGUGGAGCCUCGGAGGGCGCUGCGUGCUUCUCAGCUGCACCCGUACGGGGGGCUGCCCCAUCUCCAUUUUGCCCCAGCCUCAUCAGGAGUCCCUCGGCCUCCUUCAGCUGCUCUCCAAGGGUCCGGUCACAGUAAGACGUAGGAGGGCUCGUGGUGCACAGCAAGCAGGAAGCCACAAACCGCCAAUAGGCCAGCUAACCAGCACGCAGGAAAACCCCAAACUGGAAACAGCUCACCCAUCUCCAACAGUACCGAGCACCAUCGCACUUCCUCAAACAGCCCAAAAGAACGUCAGUCAGUUAACCAAUGGGAGCGCUGGCACUGAUCCAGCUCCUUUACCACCAAACUCAACAAUAGGCACCGUUGAUACGGCUGCGUCUUCCAAUAGCAGCGAUGUCAGCACAACCACGGCAACUGCUAUCGUCACAGCUCCAACACAGUCUGUGAGGGAGCUGGUGGUGUCAGCAGGAGAGAGUGUCGAGGUCACGCUGCCACGCAAUGAGGUCGAACUCAACGCCUUCGUGGUCCCAACACCCCCAUCAGGGUCAAACUAUGCAUUCGACUGGCGUCUGAUAACACAUCCCAAAGAUUACAGCGGGGAGAUGGAGGGGAAGCACAGCACGCCACUGAAGCUCAGCAAGCUGACUGUGGGCCUGUACGAGUUUGAGGUGACAGUGGAUGGGGAGGGGGCUCACGGCGAAGGUUACGUCAAUGUCACAGUCAAACCAGAGCCGCGGGUAAACAAGCCUCCUGUUGCCGUAGUUUCCCCAAAGUUCCAGGAGAUCUCCUUGCCAACCAGCUCUACGGUGAUAGAUGGCAGCCAAAGCACUGACGAUGACAAGGUGGUGGCGUGGCACUGGGAAGAGGUCAAAGGCCCCCUGAGGGAAGAGAAGGUCUCUGCCGACACCGCCGUCCUCACGCUGACCAGCUUGGUGCAUGGGAACUACACAUUCAGUCUGACUGUGACAGACUCAGAUGGAGCCACAAACUCAACGCAGGCCACCCUUUCAGUCAACAAAGCCAAGGACUACCGACCUGUGGCCAAUGCCGGCCCGAACCAGGUCAUCACCCUGCCACGUAACUCCAUCACUCUGUAUGGCAACCAGAGCACAGACGACCAUGACUCCCUGGGCUACGAGUGGUCACUCAGCUCAGAGAGCAAAGACAAGGUGGUGGAGAUGCAGGGCGUUAGGACACCGAUACUGCAGCUGUCAGCCAUGCAGGAGGGAGACUACACUUUCCAGCUGACUGUGACGGACUCGGCUGGACAGCAGGACACCGCUCAGGUCACAGUCAUUGUGCAGCCAGAAAACAAUAAGCCACCACAAGCAGAUGCAGGACCGGAGAAGGAGCUGACUCUGCCAGUCGAUCGAACCACACUGGACGGCAGUAAGAGCAGAGAUGACCAGAAGAUCGCCACGUACCACUGGAAACAGACCAAGGGUCCUGAUGGUGUGAAGAUCGAGAACGCGGACAGUGCUGUUGCCACGGUGACAGGUCUCCAGGUUGGCACGUACGAGUUCACCCUGACAGUAACUGAUGAGAGGAAACUGCAGAGUACAGACACUGUCACGGUCAUUGUCAGAGAAGAACUGGACCAGCCACCUGUGGCUCAUGUUGUGUCGAGUCUGCCCAUCUCUCUGCCUGUCAAGACGGCCACCCUGGAUGGAUCUCACUCCACUGAUGACAAAGGUGGUGUCAGCUACCUGUGGACCAGAGACAACACCAGCCCUGCCGCUGGGGAUGUGUUGAACAACUCUGACCACCAGGCAGUGCUGUUUCUGGGAAAUCUGGUGGCAGGGAAGUACAUCUUCACCCUGACUAUAACUGACAGUAAAGGACAGACCAGCAGAGACAGAGGCACAGUGGAGGUCAAACCAGACAUAUGGGAGCGUGACCUAGUGGAGCUGGUGUUGGAGGUCUCGGUGUCUCAGGUCUCCCACCGUCAACGUGACAUGCUGCUGCGCCAAGUCGGGGUGUUACUGGGUGUGCUUGACAGUGACAUCAUUGUACGAGAGAUCAGUGCGUUUAAUGAGCACAGCACUCGUUUGGUCUUCCUGGUGUCAGGCGGCCCAGGGCGCCCUCCUCUGUCUGGCCACAGCGUUGCAUACGGCCUACGCAACAAGCUACGCAAACAGAAGAAUGACUUUCUCAUUUACAAGGCACGACGGGUGGAUACAGUCAUCUGCCAGCUGAACUGCUCCGGUCAUGGCGAGUGUGACUCGUUCACGCGGCGCUGUGUCUGCCACCCUUUCUGGAUGGAGAACUUCAUCAGAGCUCAGCUUGGUGACGCAGAGAGCAACUGUGAGUGGAGUGUCCUCUAUGUAACUAUAGCAUCCUUUUUGAUUGUGGUUGCUAUAGCAACCGUUGUCUGGGGAAUGGUCUGUUGUUGCAACAGACGUAAGAGCAGAGUACGCAGAAACAAAAGUCGAUAUAAAAUGCUAGAAGCUGACGAGCAAGACAGUCUGGAGCUACAACCACCCAGAGCUGGCCGUCUGAAGCCAGUCCCCGCCCCCACCUCCUCCGCCCUCAUGCACUCGGACUCUGACCUGGACAGCGAUGACGGGCAGGGCGGGGUCCCGUGGACGGAGCAGGAGCGGGGCCACCUCCUGAGGCCCCAGAACGGCUCCCUGAGGAACGGCCAGGGUCCGGCGAGGGGCAAGAAGCAAAGAGAAGAGCUGCUAUAGCAAGAGAGGAGGGGGGGAGUUCGCCGCUGCCCUCGCACACACUCGCACACACCUCCUCCUCCAGCCGUCACACACACCUUGUUCCUCACUCUUCUCCUUUCUACGUUGUUGUUGUCGCUCAACACAAAAACCUCACGCCUCUCAUCCAUGAAGACGGACUGUGUGAUCCCUGGAUUUAGAAAGGGGAGGGGGGGGAGAGGACAAACAUGCUGGAAACAUGUUAUCCCACUGUCACAGAAAAAGAAAAAAAAAAAAACACACCACUAUACUGGAAUUUCCCUGCUCCCACUCUGAGCCAAUACAGAGGAAGAAAGCUACGAUUUUGUGAAGAAUAUAGGGGGUGAGCACUGUGUAUUUGACAGAUUUACAAGUAGACCACUAUAAUUUAACACAGAGACAUGAAGAAUGUACUGUUACCCCUCUUACCAAUGAUGACACACGUUGGUUAUAGAGACUACGGGGGGAGAAGACUCACCUGAAUGACACUUGACUUUUUUGGGGGGAAACAAAAAAACAAAAAACAAAACUCUUGCUUCGACGACACGAAAAAAAAACCAGCGAGCCCACUUGACACACUCACACCUUUUGCCUCUCAUAGACACGCAUGUACGCACACAAACACUCUUUCACAUUUCUUUCACACACAACUUGUACCAGGUCAACGUGACGCUACCAAACACUGCCAUGUUAAAAAAACCAAUGGUUAACUCUGCUCUAGUUAUUAUUAUUAUUUUUUGCGUUAGUCGUCGAAAAUGAUGACUCAGCAGGAAAAGAACAACCAAAACAGAGCAAACCAACAGCAAUGGACCUCCCAAACCCUAACCCUUCCAAAAAACCGAAAAAAAUGUGCAUGAAGAGUGACAGAUUGCGGUUCGGAGUAAUCGCCUGCAUGUUUGUCGAGUGUAUGUAUGCGCCUGACACGGUGGAUUUUUCGCGGCUGCUGUGCCAAAAGUUGUUUCUUCAGAGCAGUCUGUAUGUUUUUAUGUCUGUUAUUAAGAGUUACAGAUGGCGGGUCGGUCAGAGAACCUUGAAAAAAAAAAUGCUGUUUUUUUGUUUGUUUAUUUUUUUUCUCGGAGUCUCGCCUCUCUGUGGAUUAAGUCGUCGGGACACACACUGGAGUACACAACGUUAAUGAGUUCGGUCUCUGCGGCCCCCCCCCCCGACAGAGGAAAGGGUUAUAAUGAGGAGAAAGAUGAAGUUCGCAACAGAUGGGAUUAAAAAAAGGACACGGCUUCCUUCACUCAUCUCAAUACUCAUUACUGUAACGAUUGCUUGAACCAUGCAAACCACUUCCUGUUUUGUUUUUGUUUGUUUGUUUGUUUGUUCACAAACAACCUUUAGGCUGUGAUUAGAUGUCGAUGCACUUUGAUUUCAUGUCUGUCAGCUUCAGUAUCAUUUUGUCUCUCACUGGCUGAAAAGGGAUGGGCAAAAAGUUUGAAAGGUUAAGCCAUGAACGCAGCUGCUGACUGCGUUUUUAAAGUACAUAAAAUAGCUAAUUUUCUUGACAUAAGACAGAUCAUGGCGAAGGAUAUGCUUUGGUAAAUGCAGCUGAAGUCCAGAUGCACCACUGUAAACCUCACUUGGUGACACAUCUGUAAACUUGAAUUAAUAAGUGUGAGCAUAAUAUAUAUAUAUGGAGAGAAAGAGAAAAAAGUGGGAGUUUAUUAAUUUUGUGAAGUUAUUUUGCAUUUUUUGUGCAAUUUCAGCAAACAGUGAUGGUCUGUUUGUUUAGGAAGAUCACGUCUAUCCUUUCUUUUCUUUUUGUUUUAAAUAUUCAGUUAGCUUUACUUGAAUUGGGCACAGUUAUUAGGAAAUCUGUUUGGAUGAAGGAAAAUAAUUGACAUUAAUACAGGCAUCAGUAAACUUCCAUAAAAGUGUGUUGUGUGUCCAGAACGACCAGAAACUGUGCUAAAUCCUGAAAAAUGAUUUCUUCCGGCAAAUAAGAUAAGAGCAGAAAGUUGAUCUGAGGGAUGUUAGUCUCUUCAAAGAGGAGUCUGCCACAGAUACACCAGUACAUGAACACGGAGGAGAAAGAAAAACUGCAAAAGCUGCUUCUGUUUUUUUUCCUUCUGUGUAUCAGUGAUAGUGAAGAGUGUUUCUGUGCCGAGGGAAACUUUAACCAAAAGGCUUCCCUGUAACAUCUCACAGUGUGAUCGCUUUGCAUGCAGAGUGUGAAACUGACUGACCUGUAAGUUUAAUUUUUACACAUUUUAAGUCACUUUUUCUUUGUUGAAUGUUAAAAGGGUAUGUCAUUGAUUUAGUUUAACCUGUAUGUGUGUGAAAUAAGCAAUCAUUUACAUUUUUUUUGCUUGUUUUGCAAAAAGAAAAAGUCUAUUUUGUAUUGUCAAGUCAUCUCAUGCUGAUGCACAUCUGGUCAGAGUAGAGAUGUUUUCAAAAUUUCUUACAGAUGUGCAGAAUUGAUCUGUCCAAGUGCCAAUUCUGUAAAAAUAUCAUCUUUUGAACAUUUUGAGAUAAUGUGGUCAUCUUGUGUUUUUUUGCACAUCAUAAGGAAAGGUUUAUGUAGUACAUAUCCAGAUCUGAUGUCGAUUCGCUCUCAAAAACCACCCAAAUUGUUAAAAUCUCUCUUUGUGUACUUUUACCCAAAACUCAAAGUAGAAAGGUUAUUUUUAUACCCAUCUGGCAAUAACACCAAAUUCAACAUUUCUUCUGUUACACGUACAACAAUGGAUCUGUACAAGUGAAUUGACCUCGACUCUGGUGGAGUCCACUGUGAAGGCAGAAAGAGAACAUGGGGAGCAACGGUUAAAUUAAAGGAGUUAAUUUAAAAUGUUUUGAAUGGAAAUUCAGUGAAGGAUUUCCCCUUCUUACUGUGUGACCACACCUGAUGCAACUGGAUAAUCUGUAAAUUAAAAAUAAAAUGUUUC